AUGUCUUUCGAACCCUUUCGCGUGGUUGGAAGCAUCUGUGGCAGUGUUCCCAUUAGCUGCACCAUGCUCUAUGGGACGCCGGUUCUGAUGGUGGCCACCGGUAGGACCUUUAAUCUUUUCAAGGGCAAAGAACUGGUGAUGAUUCGUGGUGGGCCAAUCCUCCAGGAACCUUUGAGAGCUGUCGCUCAAUGUGGGAAAUACUAUUUUGCAGCAGAGGGCCCACGAGUGCACGCAUGGGCCCAUCACAAAUUGCUUUGGACAACACUUCACCAAGAGCUCACAUGCCCAAGCGUUGUCCAUCUCCUGGCGCAGGAUGAUCUACUUUUCUGUCUCGGUGACGACAAGCGUAUUGCAGUGCGGGCAAUAAAGACAGGGAGUCUCAUACAGGAAAUCUCUGUAGGGGAUAACGAGGAUGCUACCAUAAUGGCGUUACUCAUGGGUUACACUAAUAAGCUUCUAGUGGCCACAGCACAAGGGUCCUUACAUAUUUACAACUACAAAACUGCCAUGCGAGUGUGGUGCACUCGUGCAGAAGCAUCUCAUCAUGGCACUCAUGCGCCCAUUCUUUGCCUGGCUUGCAGUUCCCACAAGGAUAUUAUUGCCUAUGGUACAAGUGAUGGCAAAGUUAUUGUAUUCAAUGUGGGCACUGGGGAAACCAUUACAACAUUUCGGCAUAAACAGGGUGCCAUCACGGCCUUGGCCUUCAGAGUUGACAAGGAUUAUCUUUUAAUGGCUGGCUCCAGUUUAGGAGAGAUCAUUAUAUGGGAUUUGGGAAACCGUUGUAUGGACGGUGCGUUGACGCGAUCAAAGCAAGUGCGAAGCGAUAUCGAGGUUCUAGAGACACCGCACUUGGCUGCUGUGCAUUCUUUAAUUGUAUUCCCAAAGUCUGAAGACAUGAUGUUCGUAGUAACUGGUGGCGCUGACAAUGCUAUUAUGGAAUUUCGCUUUGACUCUGUCGAUGGCCUAGGGUUGCUCGUCCGGGAGCGCCGUGGUCACAUGGGUGGUUGCACAACGGCGGCUUUCUAUAACAAGGACUUGCUCAUCACAGCUGGUCAUGACCGUUCGGUGCGCGUCACUCAUUUGUUUUCGGACCGCGCCUCGUGGGAGCUGUCACAAGGAAAGCUCGGAAAGAGAGGCCAGGAAAGGCAUGUGGGACGUGAAGCGUUGAAAAUGACGCCUGCCAUUUCCAUUGCGUCGUGCUCAGUGCGUAACUAUCAGUGGGCUAGCGCGGUGACACUUCACCAGGACUCCGCGCAAAUGUGUGGCUGGCGUAUGGACACCCGUGCUUUGGAAUUUAAAUUAUCAGGCAUUAAAACCGUCGCGCACACAGCGCGUGUGGUGACCAUGUCCAACUGCGGUAGCUUCGCCGUGGUAGGCUACUCCAGUGGGAACGCUGUGGUGAUAAACAUCCAAAACCGAAGUCUUCGCCAACUCUUUGAUCCUGCUAUAGAUGGCAAUCGGAGUCAUGCUAAUAGCGUAGAGUGUAUCGAAGUGGCGUGUAGUAACACCAUUAUCAUUACAGCCGGACUAGACGGAUUUUUCAAGUUGUGGUCUCUUGCGAAUGGUGAGCUGAAACAGUCCGUAUCGACCGGAAAGGCAAUGACCAAGUCGUGCAUUCACCAGGACUCGUCACUAUUUAUUGUAGCACAGCAUUACACAAUUUCAGUGUACCAUUGUAAUCCAGAGUUUGUCUUAGAUCAGGCUGCACUUCAUAUUCCAGUACGAGAGCUAGUGGGUCAUAGAAACCCAAUCACUGCAAUGGUUCUUGCACCGGAUUCAUUCCGCUAUGUCGUUUCCGCAUCUGGCGAUGCUGUGCUACUUGUGUGGGAUCUUGCAGCGGCAGCAUGCGUUGGCCAAUACCGUUUGAGCUCACCUGCGAUAUCCAUUAGCUUCCAUCCAGACGCUCUUUUUCUUUCAACUACACACGUUGGUGAAUGUGGUACCUUUCUGUGGGUUAAUAAUUUACGCUACGGGUACGUCCCAGAAGUUAUUCUUAACCCAAGUGAGCGAGAAUUACACGAACUCCCGUGGAUGCACUUUCCCAUAACGCGUGACCCCAAUGAACACUACUUGCAUGAUGGAUAUGAUGAACUUACACACAGUAAAAAGGUUGAAGAAAAUCAACAUAAAAUUAAUGAAAUGGCUUCAUCAUGGGCUAGAACUAAGCUUUAUGAUGUCUCCACUGAUGUUGCCCUGAUACAGCGACAGGCAAACCAUAAGGUAUGGGAGACAUUGGAUCACAUCCAAACAAAGGGCUUACGCUUAUCUGGCGUUCCCCGCCGCCUGUGGUACAACAUAACCAUGUUGGAUCAGAUCAAAGAAAAGAAUAACCCCCUUAUUCCACCGAAAAAAAAAGAUGUUCCGUUUUUCCUUCCGACCGUGCAGGAAUUAAGGCCGACUUUCAUCCUAGUUGUCUCCAAUAACAACCGUUCAAUUAAUGUAGGAGCGUCUACUAAUAAUGAAUUAAAACCACAGUUAGUAAAAGCAGGCAUCAAUUCACUCAACGAAGUUCAGGAAAUGCUAGUGCAUAGAGAGUUCAAUAAGCUCAUGAAUUGCUUUUUGAGAAAAAAUGCCACUCAAGCCAUUGAUAUUGAUAUUCAUAGAGUGAUCGACUUUGUUGGAGGAGUUGAUUAUGGAUCGGAAGAAUUAAAUAUUAUGGAAAAAUGUCUACGAAGUCUUCUAAAUUUCCUUACAAUGUGGAUUCGUCGGGGCGAAAACGUCGAAUUGAUUCAAGGCAUCUUGGCAAACGCACUGUGUUCUCAUGCUACAGUGCUAACACAAUUUAGUAAAGAAUUAGCGUCGGACAUGUUAGACCUUACAGAGGCACAAAAUAAACUGCGUUAUAAUAUUGGUCACAUUGUAUCAUACCCUAGCUGUCUAGCUGGUGCAUUUACAGGUUCAUUUUUUUAA